AUGCUUAGGACGGCAGUGUUGUUGUGCUUCGUGGGUCUGGCGUUCGCCACGCCGGCCGUGGUGAGGACCAGGGAGGAGAUCCAGGCCUUCAGACACUUCUUGGAGAGCACUAAGACCAGUGAUGACCAGCAGUUCAUCGCUAGAACCAUGGCUUCGCCGCUUGCCAAUCCCGAAGAGAACAGCGGCAAGUACCAGGGCGACAUAGUGCUCGACGAUUUCAUCAUCGAAUCCAUGCUGAAGGAGUACGCGAUGGGAAGGAACGCCUACACAUGGCCCGACACCAAGUGGCCCAAUGACACCGUUGUCUGGCAGUUCGGAGAAGGGGAAUUCGGUCCGUUACAGAAAGCAGCCAUCGAAGAAGGAAUAAGGGAUAUUGAAGAGAACACGUGCAUCAAGUUCCGUUAUCGCGAGCCCGAAGACACCGUGUUUGUGAACUUGACGGGUGGGCCCGGCGGGUGCUACGCCCACGUGGGCUACUGGCAGCCGCGUGGAGUCCACAUCAUGAACCUGGCUCGCAACUACCCCGGUGUCGGCUGCUUCCGCCACGCGACCAUCGUCCACGAAUGGAUGCACAUCUUAGGAUUCUUGCACAUGCAGUCCACCCACAACAGGGAUGACUAUGUCCGCAUCGUAGAAGAGAACUUGAUACCCGGUACUGAGCACAACUUCGCAAUCUACGACUCGAGCCUUGUUGACAACCUGGACAUAGAAUACGACUACGUUAGCUGUCUGCACUACGGACCUUAUGCCUUCAGCUCCAACGGGGAGAAGACCAUUAUUGCAUUACAGGAGCACGAGGGUACAAUGGGACAACGCGUGUUCAUCACAGAAAAAGACUGGCUUCGCAUCAACAGGCAUUACAACUGUCCCGGUGCAUGGGAU